UCUAUGUUUGUUCAUAAUUACAUUAAUAAAUUUAUAAAUGUCUCGAAUAUCUUGAUUGACUAAAUUGAAAAACAUAUGGUAUCGAGAUUGACAUAAAAAAUGAUGCAGUUGGAAAAUGGUUACUGCGAUGAUAAAAUAUCAUCCAAACUCGAGUCUGCUCUUUGCUUGGAACUACAAAAAAUUGUCAAGUCGAUUAGUGCGCCUGGAAAAGGAUUAUUGGCCUGUGAUGAAUCACCUUCAAAUCUAGAAGAGAGAUUUCAAGAAAUUGGUAUAAAUAACACCGAAUCGACGAGACGUGCUUAUCGAGAAAUGUUGUUAUCUGCGGAUAAGGUUAUUUCUCAAUUUUCGCAAUACAUAAGCGGCGUGAUUUUACAUCAUGAAAUGAUUCAUCAAAGAACAUCGGAAGAUGUGGAAUUUAUCGAGUUUCUGCGUCGAAGAAACAUUGUAGCCGGUGUGAAAGUCGAUCGAGGUUUAGUACAUCUCUUCAAUACCGAGGAUGAGAAGAUUACGCUAGGUUUGGACAAUUUACAGGAGAAUUGUGUUCGAUAUAAACAAGAGGGUUGUCACCUUGCUGAAUGGAAAUGUGUUUUUUCAAUUUCGGAACGAUGUCCCAGUCAGUUGGCGAUGAUUGCUAAUGCAAAUGUUCUUGCUAGAUUUGCUAGCAUUUGCCAAAGAACGCGAAUGGUUCCCAUAGUAGAACCAGAAAUAUUGAAUAAUGGCGAAUAUGAUAUAGAUCGAGCUUUACAAGUUCAUGAAGAAAUGUUGUCCAUCCUCUUUCGUGCUCUGAAUGAGUAUCAUGUAUAUCUAGAGGGAAUGGUUUUGAAAUUAGCCAUGGUACUGUCCGGUAUAAAAAACGCAAUAAAGUGCACGCCGCAGAUUGUUGCUGAGUAUACGCUAAGAGCAUUACGAAGAACAGUACCCAUGGCGGUUCCAGCAAUUUUCUUUCUAAACGGUGAUCAAACCGACGAAGAAGCUGUAUUAAAUCUAAACGCCAUUAACGCGUGUGACAAUAAAAUACCAUGGAGGCUUAGUUUUUGUUAUGGACGUGCUUUGCAGAACACGGUAAUAAAGAUUUGGAAAAAUAAUCCGGAAAAUGUAGAUAAAGCUCAAGCAAUGUUUCUUAAAAGGGUAAAAUUAUGCUCCGAAGCAUCUUUGGGAAAAUUACGAGUUCAAGACAACAAUUCGCUUUGUGAAUUAAACAGAUUUAAUUUUCUCUCCCUGUAAUUAUACAGCACAUUCAUAAAAUUUUACAAUCG